GGCCGACGUCACUCCCCGCCACAUCGAAAUCAACAAACAGACGAUACACCAAUAUUAACUUUGUAAUUGAUAUACAUAAGUGUAUGAGGUAGAGAAUAAGUUAACAUUACCGAGAGGAGGAUAUUUAAGGGCCAGGAGGCCUUGCCGAGACCCGGUUAACGAGGCUUUUAGACUGAAAUAAGGGCAGGAGGGUGUCCGUGCCACAAGGGCACAAGUGGAGCAGCGCCAGUGACAGCCACAACAAGGCAACAUUUCCUCCACAACUUUUUACCAUUUUUCACCCUUAAUUGCCAUUUUGAGCCGCCGGAUUUACACCAUUCCACACCAGGAGGACGAUGGUGACGGCUCUGUGUGUGCUGGUGAGAUAGUGUGACGCCCAAGGCAGAAAAAGCGGCUUGAAAAGGAGUUUUGAGAGGCUUAAGGUGUGAGGGGAGAGACGGUCCGGGGGAUCACGGCGACGCUUCUUUAAGGUCUCCUGCAUCAUGUAGACCUCUUCCUGCAAGCCUAAGAUGGUCAAGAGGAAGCGCACUCUCAGCAGCAAGGACAGCACCGACGCCACCCACCUCAGUGAUGUAGACCAAGUGAGUGAUGAUGCCAAACGGGUUAAAAGUCAAGGGAGUCCUGGGAGGCCAGAAGGAGAUGCGGGGGGUGAUGAGGCAGCGGACAUUCAGCAGAGUCCCAUAGGUUCUCCUACGUCACCCAACACCUCCAUAACCACAGCUACAUCACAAGGGACAGUGCUAGCAACUUCAACAGUUCCUGUAACUCUUUCUCAACCACUGCCAGAUGUGCCUUUAUCUACAACACCGGUUGUUACACAAACACGACCAACACUGCAACUACGUACAAGUGCCAGAGUGCUCAAUAAACAGCGUCGAGAAGAAAUUAAAGCCGAUCACACUCCCUCUUCUUCAUUAUUAACCAAGAAGUCUGAUGCUGCAGGAUUAGAUGGGGAUUUUGCUGAGGAAGAUGAUGCUCUUGGGAGUGGCAUUGGGAAGAAAAGGAGGCGUGCAUGGGAAUUAUGGUCAAUGGAAGACAAGAAUAUUUUCUUUGAAUCAAUCAAUGAGUGUGGUAAAGACUUUGAAGCUAUUCAGAAUUAUUUAACUACCAAACUUCGGAAAAAGGGUGCACGUAGUCAAAUAAAAAAUAAAGACCAAGUGCGGCACUUCUACUAUCGAACAUGGCAUAAAAUAUCAAAACACAUUACUUUCAAUGAAGGUGUGAAGAAGGCAACUCAAGAACUCUACGGUCUUAUAAACUAUGGUGAAUUACGGAAGAAAAUUGGUGGUACCUUGGAUGAGCGCAAGGCCCAGAAAUUGCAGGAGCUUAUAAGAAAAGGUUCCACCAGUGUGAGAGUGAAGGGGAAGAGUGUUCGUGUGAGGACCCCCAUUUGUCGGGCUUUAAAGAAACUCAAUCAGAUUGAAGAAAACCGAGAAAAUGCAGUGCUGAGGGUCCCGGCAAGCAUAAUGGUUGAGGUGGUUCCAGCAAGCAUGCAUGCUUGGUGUCGUGUGCAUGGUCUGGCUCAUAACCCACGUGUCAGGGUCACCUCACCACUUCAGCGACCUCUGGCAGUACUGAUUUCCCAUUUACAAGAAAAAUGGCGCAGCUCAAAUUUGAAACUUUGUGACACUCUCUCUUCUCGAGUAACCUUUCCCCUGGAGCUUCAGCCAGUGAUAGAGCCGAUUCUACGUCUAACACCAGCCAAGGGCUAUUUUGUCAAGCCGAUUAAUGUCCAGCCUGAAGUGCUUCUAAAGAGCUCGUGUGUAUCGCUAUCAAGCCAUGAAGCAAGACUGAGACGAAGAGGAGAGAAAGUCGGACGAAGCAACAAACGAAAGGAAACUAAGCAACAGCAAGAAAAGGACACGGGCCUUGGUAUGUUGAACAGUGACGGAGAUAGACAUGACAGUGGAGGGUCAGGAGAUGCUGAAGGAAAAUGUCGUGAUGCUGAAUCCCUGGGCAUGGACUUGGAAGACUUUGGAGAUGUUUCUCAAGAGGAACACGAGGAUUGCAGCGAUGGAGAAGCUGGCUGCCUUAACUCUCCAGAUUGUGAAGUAGAUGAAAUAAUUAGACUUUCACCAGAGAAAAAUGCAAAUACUAACAAUAUACCUUACACUGUGCAAGUGAAGGAAGAACCUUUGGAUGUAAUUGAUUCUUCUGCUAAUAAAGACUUAGAUCCUGAUAUACAAGUGAAAGAAGAAUCAGAGGGUGAAUCAGGUGAUACUCUGAGACAAUUACUGGCAUUGGAGACUGUUGCCAAUGCAGGAGUAGCAGAUGAUGAUGCAGAAGUGAUUUGCACCGGCGAGAGUACGAGACUGACGGCACACGUUGGAGACGCACAAAGGGGGUCAAAUUCCGCCAGUCAGGUUACCACAACGGAAGAAGAUCGGGGCUCGGCCGCAACGCCUGAACUUGAAGAAGAGGAGAGGAACCCCGGUGCUGAAGCAGAGGAGGGCGCAGAAGAUAUGGAGGCAAAAUUACAGAAAAUCCGUGAAGGUUUAACCCUCAGUACUGUUGGAGGGAUUACCAUUGGUGAAUUGUACCUGAUGUUUGGUCAGAACAAAAAAAUUUGUCUUGAAUAUGAAUUUGAAGAUCCAGUGCAUGAAAUGAAAGAUAAUGGAAGUAGCAGUGCAGACUUUGAGAGUCCCACAAGAAUAACCAAUGCAGCUGAUUCUUCUGAUAUGUUGGCAAGAAAAGCUGUAACUGAGGCUGGAACAUCUGACAUUCCUGGUGCUAGUAUGGCUGCUACCUUAACUGUAGAGAGAGAAAAAUUGCAUCAAAACAGAAAGAAAGAAAGUGCAAAGAUAUCUAAAUUAGAAUUAGAGCAAAAUAAAGGGGAAGAAAGAGGUUCUGAUGUAAAUAUGUUUAAAGAAAAACGGGCAGCAGUAGAGAACUUAUCGGGAAUGUUGGCUCAGUUAGUUGCGAUGGCUCGGGUGAUAUUGUCCAAGUCUUCCACGGAGUCUUGCCUCUGUGGCCACAUUUGUGGUAGAUCCGGAAAUGCAAUGCGUAGUCCAGCAAGUGGACGUUCCCACGGAACACUAGGUUUUGGACGAAGUCCGGGACAUGCAAGAAGUCCUCGGACUGGCAAAGUAACGACGGCAAGUGGGCAGAUUCCUGGCAUUAACAGCCCGGGUGCCACAUCGUCGUCAUCUGCAUUAUUGAGUCCAUUACUUGCUAAGCCUCUCAGAGACCGCGUUAAACCUUCCUCUGCAAAACGAUUGAUUCCUGAACUUCCAGAUCAACCUAUCUCAGUGAGGGAUGAAAGGACAGAUGAAGGUAGUACUGGAAGCAUAAGUGGUGUGGAGGUGUCGUUCCUUUCACCUGUGUCGUGCACAGUCAUCCCUUCCAUUGCCACAACCACCAUAUCCACCAGUCAAGAAACUGGUCACCUUUCUACACCCGCUGUAACGACAGGAUCAUCGGCCCCAGUAACAGGACUAAGGGCAGUACUUGGGGGUGGAGGAGAGGCUGGAGAGUUCAAGGUUCCUCUUGGUCCAGCACCUCGCCAAGUUCAUGCCCAACAGGCCAGCUUUAAUGCACAACUUAGUGUAAGUACUCGCCAAGUUCAUGCCCAACAGGCCAGCUUUAAUGCACAACUUAGUAAACUACUACCACGGUACAACAACCGACCAGGACGACGCGUGGUGAGGAAGAACGUGGUAGUUCAGCAUCAGUUGCCACUACUGCCCAAGGCUGUGAUACAACCUGCAGGUGUUGUCACCAUGAAUGUUCUCAAAAAUCCAUCGUAUGAUAAGGUACAAAGUUUAGAAGUUGGUCGCAGCAGUGGCUAUAUUUCCAUAGCCCCAUCCCUCCAUGGUGUGGCUGCUUCAACAGAUGCCUUCACUUCGGCAAGACCUCAGUCACUGUCAUCCUCCUCUACACAUCCAAUCAGGAAUCCAAUCAUCCAGCCACUGCAAUCCCAAGUCGGUCAAAAUGUGGUUGCUUCACAAGUUCAGUUAUCUGUCGUGCCACAUAACCUACAGCAAGUACCACCGGCCAUAGCACCGUUACCUGCAGUAACCAAUGCUAUUUCCGUUAAUAUAUCUGGUCAGCCACUUUUUACUGUGGAGAUGCCAGCUUCUGUUCCUGUGCCACCGCUUAUUGGAGAUUCAACGAGCAAACUUUCAUCGGGUCUUCUGGAAAUGACUCAUUCUGCGGCAAUGAACACGAUUAGCAGUAAUAUCACCUCCACUCCAGUAUCCGCUUUGAAAAACACCACCUCUGUGAAUGGAUUGUUAAGCUCGAUGGUUUCACAAGCUUUGAGUGACUUACCGGAUUUGAGUACACCACCAGGAACGCCACAACCAAGUCAAUCCAGCAAAUCUCUAAAUUGCAGUGGGAGUGUUAGCUUUGUAAGAAACUUGGGAGAUAUCGGCUCUUCCAUUAUAUCAAUAGCUGACCCAUGUCCACAGAUGCCCUCUUCCUCACUUUUUAAUUCGGCUCUUUCAGUGGAGUCCUUACCUAGUCUUGGCAGUGAGAUGAUGACCAACAACUCCCUAGUCACCACUUUACCACAUUCACUAUCCUCUACGCUUUCACCAUGUUUAUCUUCAUCGUCACCACCACCAACUUCUUGCGUCACAUCAGCACUCUCACCCAUCUCCACACUGCUCACUAAUGUUAGUACACAUCAUUUACAGCUAUCCUCUCCCCCAUCUCAUACUAAUUCAUUUACCUCUCUCCUCAAUACACCAACAGCACCUUCCUCAAAUAGUAUACCCUCCACGCCCAUCUGCUGUAUAUCGCCGUCACCACCCUCUAUUUCUUCUCUUUUAUCCUCCUCUUCCCCAGACUUAAACAAAAGUUUCACAACUAUUCUUGCUUCCAGUGAUCAAGAAAAUUCUUCUAUGGUUGCUGUCUCUUCAGCUAAUGUCCCAGAGCUCCAUAUUCCAGAAGGUAGUGUUAAUCUACCUCUCCUGGAUAUCUCUCUUGGAGGUACAGUCACUAUAACAGACCAGGCAACUAAUCUUCUCAGCACUGAUCCUCAUUCAUCACUGGUUGAUCUUGCAUCCACUACUGUCACCUCCACUCCAAUGAAGUCGUCACCUGCCAUGUCCACCAUGAUUGGCAUGAACUCCAUGCAGGAGACUAGUAGCGACAAGCUUUUAGAUAUAACGCUGGGGAUUUCAAAUUCAAAUUCCAGCUUCUCUAGCUUACUUGCUGCUGCAACCCAGCCGCGUUGUUUAGACUCGUCCCUCUUGGAUAUUCCGUCUAUUGUGGGAGACAACAGUAAUGGAAGAGUGAAUGGUGCAGAUGGCAGUAACAUGUCGGCAGCUGGAAUAUCUGGCUUCCCUGCACUUUCCACCACACCUCCCUCACCGCCUUCUUCCCCUUCACGCCUUCUCCAACAGUCAGACAAUCAGUGGCUUAAUAGUGAAGUGAACGAUUUCUCUUUCUCCAGUUUUCUCGGUCAUUUUGAGUCACCAGUGAAAAGCUCAAGUUCACGUGGGUCUUCUCAUGCUACGCCAUCGGGCUCGUUCGUGCCUAGCCUUAGUUCAGUCUACAAUGAAAACAGUGUAGACUUCACCGCAACAUUUGCAGAAAUGAAAGCGCAGGUAUCAGGAGUGUUUAAACAGUAAUUAAUUUGCUGAAACUUUUCUUUACAAUAAGUCUAGAUAAUCACUGUAUAUAUGAGUGAGUGAUGUUUGUUUUAAUGAGAGUGAAUGCGUGUAUUUAUGUGAAUUUCAAUAUAUUUUUAAAUGUUAAAAUUUUAUGAAAACUUUUACAAUGGACUGUGCUUUAUAAUUUCAGUUUAAUGAAAGAAUUAAUGCUGUAUUUCUUGGAAAGUUACCAACUCAGUAUAUUCUAUGUAAUAGCUAUAUAGACCGGACACAAAUAAAUUCACUGAAAGUUAGGUAUUUUCAAAUAUUUUAAAUACAGUAAUGUCUUGCUGCUUUUUAAUACUCAAUGCAUGUAUGUAACAUUUCUGGAAGAAGCUCUUCAGUUGCUCACUGAGCUUAGCUCUGGUACCACCAAGCCUUAGCUAAACGUAUUUGACUUAGGAGUCCCAUCCGUUGCCUUUUCAGAAGCCAGGACCAGACCCUGGCUUGCUCUACAAGUUACCUAGUAGGCUUGCCCACUUACAGUUAGUAGUGCAGAUUCUAAUCCCCCCAUUCCCCAGUUUAUUAGUUUUUUUCAAGAGGAAAUUUACUAGUAUUUGGUCUUCAAUGCUUUUACCCUAUUUCAGCUGGCUUUCUCUCCUGCUUCUGCCUUGGCCAAAUUAAUUUAGCCUAUUAGUUUGUUUCAAGUUGCAAGUACAGUACUCUGAUGCCAACUCAUUUUCAUCGUCACUGGCUAUUUUAUUUUUCAUCUGCCAACCCCGCCACUGUUUGAGUGCCAAGUGUUUUCCACAUAAUUCACAGCUGUUUGUUCAGAUAGGGCAUCUCGCACUGUAUCAUCUACAUACUAGAGUUGCAAUUUAUUACUAGCUGUGCAUGUGUUAAAUUGGUGAAUAGGUCUUUGGGACAGCCGCAUCUUAGGUUGGCCUUAAGUUUGGUUGCUGGCUCAAAUGGCUAUAGGGCUAGUGGAGAAAGUAUUGGGGGCUAUUCCCUCUGAGAAUGUCUGGUAGCAAGAGGGCUUAAGCUUCCUUGCCGAUUUCCUGGACUUUUGGGGCCAACAGUUUCGGCUUGCCUGGUUGAUGUUCUAAGUGUAGCUCAACAGGACUUGGAUCCAUAUUUUUUAAUUAUAGAUUCUCUUCUAUUUCCUGGCUGCAGUGAGAGGUCCUGGGCAUUUCAAGACCUGAGCCCGCAGGUGACCUGGGCUGCCAUAUGACGGCAGUUAGGUGCAUCACAGUUAGGGUACUUUGCAGCAGUGAUCAUUGGCCUUGUUUACUUAGGGAUGCCUAACUGUCAUCUCUCAGUUGCUUGUUUUAUUGUUCCUGUGCUUUCUGAUGGAUUUUUCCCAUUUUGGACUUAUUUCUAAUCCUCAGGCUUACCUUUGCCUUGUGGAGUGAGCCAGAUUCUGAUCUUGGCUCUCAAGAUGCAACAGAUAGGUCUUGGAGGCUUAAGGUGUGUAUCGAAGACUUGAUGGUUUUAGAGCUAAACUCGGAGAGUCACCGAGAACUCCUCCAGAAAAGGGAGUUUCAUUACAUUCAAUACUAUUUUUUUUUUUUUUUUUUUUUUUUUUUUUUUUUUUUUUACCCUGCAUAGGCAUUAACAUAUUGAGGUCACAAAGCAAAAUGGAAAAUUGGUUAAUGUGGAUGCAAUUUAACAGAGAACUUUUUGUUUUUCCACAAGUUCAAAAGGAAGUUGCACAUAGUGAAAGGAAUACUUUUGCCUGAAAUGAACAUGCCGUUUCUCACACCUAGGAAAAGAUGCUCUAUAUGUACACACCUGAGACCCCCAAAAUGUAACGUAGCUCAGUGGUUAGCGCAGUUGGUUCACAUCCUGUGGCAGGAUGGAGACGGGUGGCCACAUUUCUUUUUUACCUGAUGUCUCUCUUCACAUAGCAGUAAAUAGAUACCCAGGAGUUAGGCAACUCUCAUGGGUUCCUGGACAAUGGAAAUUCUAGUUAAAUACUGUAUAAUAGACUUGUAGAAAUUAUUCCUUCUCCUCCUAACUAGAUGAAAUGGAUGGUCGAGCGAUGAUCUUGCUUCUCGCAGGUCGGCAUUCAAUCUCUGCCUGUCCAAAUCGUUGAGCACCAUUCCUUUCCUCAGUCUUAUCCUAAAUCCUCAUCCUCAUAUCCCUUCCAGGUGCUAUAUCAGUGUUUUUUUUUUUAACCACUGUGCUGCAGGAGUUUGAAGUAAGGUUCAAAAUAACAGGAAUAAUAAGAAAUAUGGACAUUAAUAUUAAAACCAAUCCUUUGAAAUCCAUGAUCAACAUUAUUUAAAAAAAUAAAACACUGUUCAGUUUGACCCGAGCUGAAAAAGGUUGACAAGUUGAAAAUCUCUGUGCUCUAGUCGUAAUGGCUUAGUGCUUUCUCCUGAUAAUUGCCUUACCUUACUGUAUCCUCUCCCAACACAUUAACUAAAAAUAUUGAUGACCAGACCACACACUAGA